AAACAGGAAAGACUCGGGGCAUGCCAGUGCUUUCAAAGUUCAAAGUAAAUUUAUUAUCAAAGUAUCUACACCAUAUACAACCACGAGAUUCAUUUUCUUGCAGGUACCCCAGGAAAAAAAAGAUAAAAUACUGUAUAACCCAUGAAAAACCACACACAACAAAAGCCAACAAAUAUCCAAUAUACAAAAGUGGUUCAGCACCGAGGCAAGAGACGCUGGUCUAGGAGCCCAACGGCUGCACAGCAACAAAUGCUCUUGAAACUGCUGGUGGCAUUGUACCCUAGACUCCUGCACCUCCCACCCUAUGGUAAUAGUGAGAAGAGAGGGUAACAGGUCAAAAGCAGGCAGACAGGAUGAGUUCAGGUGGGGAAUCUUGGCUGGCACAAAGUAGUGGUGCUGAACCCACUACUUUGCAGCCACUGAAGUAUCUUUGAAGUGAACUGCAAAGUAAGAAACAUAACAAUACAUUACAAAGCGGCAUGCUCCUAAAAACAGAAAUGUGAAAAAAGCUGGAGAAUAUGUGUUUAGUGGUGUUGAUAAAAAGGCUGGGAUACGGGAAAUAUUCUUCUUCUGUACACUACCUGUAUUAUUAGAUUUUGUUUCUCCACUUUAAAAAGCUUGAUUCAGAUACAAGGGUGCUACAAACUGAGUUACAAAGAGCCAUUCAAUCUUUUGCAGAUGCCAUUAAUAAAAUGAAAGCCAUUCAAACAGAACAGUGCAUGAGUGUGAAAUCUUUGCUCCCUUAAAGCUUAUCAAAACAUUGGAUCCAUUAUUUGCAAACACAAAAUACUAUGGAUGCUGGAAAUAUGAAAUCAAAACUGAAAAUGUUAGAAAUGCAUUCAUUCCAAAUUCCUUUGAUAAUUCUAGAUAAUCAAUCCACAUAACUUAAGCCUUCACCAUUGUCAUUUAACAUUUUCUGUUUAAUACUUAGUCUUUUCUUUUUCUUUCUUGCUCUCCUCCAUCUAUAUCUUGAAGGGUGUUUAUAACUACCUUUUCCUACUUCUGAUAAAAAGCUAUUUGUUUCUUUCUCUAAAGAUGCUGCAAAUUUACUCAGUAUUUUCAGAGUCAAGAGUAUUUUGCUUCUUAAAAAACAUUUCUCUGGGUCUAUAAAAAUUCCUUUUAAGUAUGUGCUUUAAUCUUGACAAACUUCAACUCAUUCAGAAUGAUGUUGCACUUUUGACUAAAACCCAGAUGAGAGAAUACAUCAUUUCCAUCCAAACUACUCUGCUUUGGCUUCCCGUAGAAUUCUUCUAGAAUUGGUUCUGAAGUUAUCUUACUUGUUUUUAAAGCUCUCAGUGGUCCAGGACUGGAGUACAGGUGUCCCCCACUUUACAAAUGUUCACUUUACGCCACUUCACUUUCACAAAAGACCUACAUUAGCAGCCUGUUUUUGCAUUACAAAGAGGAUUUUCACUUAUACGGAAUUUUUUCCCAUAUAAAUUAAUGGUUCUUCGCUUUACGCCAUUUCCGCUUAAGUAAGGUUUCAUAGGAAUGCACCAUCCUUGUGGGGGGGGGGGGGUAAGAGACACCUGUAUAUCGCAGAAUCACUUUUGUUUUAUAAUCCCGCUCAAGCUCUUCGAUCUUCUUCCACCUUUCAAACUUUAAAAAAUCCUCCUCAAAAGAAAAUUGGCAGGUUAGUUUUUUUAACUAUGCUCCUAAACUGAGGGACUCCAUAGCUAAACUAUAAGGGAUGUUAACUCAGUUGACACUUUUAAAUAAUAGCUUGAAAGCUAUUUACUUAACCUUGCUUUUAAUUAACAUAAUUUUGUCUGUUAUCUUCAUGCUUGCAUUUAAUCUCAUUGUAAAGCACUUUGAAUUACAUCAUUUGAGAAAAGCAUUCUACAAAUAAAUUAUUAAUAUUAUUGGUAACUAGUUCGGUAAAACUUUAUAACAAUCUCUCCAUGCAAGUGUACCUUUCCAAACAAUAUCUAUGUGUAGUCUCACCAAGGGCUGUAAAAUUGUAGUAUGAUAAUCCUUGCUUCUGUAUUAAAAACUUCUUGCUAUGCUAACCAAAUUAUCACUUAAUCUCAUCAUGCUCUAAAAGGAAGACUAGAUUUGAGAAACUAAAUGGCCUGCUUCUAUUGCUAGGUUCACUUUUGUCUCCUAUUUCACUAUUCAGAGCCACAAAUUCAGUUCUCAUGUUAAAAUGUGAAGCUGAUCCUUCCUUCUAUUCACUUUGCUAUCUGAAGCAAUACACUAUCCUCUGCUCAUGGCGACCAAUAAUAGGUUAAUUGAUUUUCUGAAACGACUGAAGUAUUAUUCUGAGUUUCCAUGAUCUUUCCAGUUCAAAUUUCCAAACCAUUCCAAAUUUGAUUCUUAACCAUGUUUAUUAAGACAUAAGACAUUGGAACCAAGUUAGGCCAUUCGGCCCAUUGAAUUUGUUCCACCAUUCAAAUCAUGGCUGAUUUAUUUUCCAUUUCAAACUAAUUUCAACCUAAAUCAUUUUCGAUUAGGCAUUUUCCUACUAAAUGUUGACUUCAACUGCUUCAUAUAAUAAAUCUACUUACAAAGUUUUAACAGCACAUAGUUCUGCUGGUGUCAUUUAAGAAUAAUUUUUUACUGCUCUGUAUGUCCUAUUACUGUGUCCUUUUGCCUUGUACAGCAUGUUUUUAUUAACCACUCAUCUUCCAUACUAUCAAGUCAUUUCAUUCAUAAAGAUAAAAAGCUUGAUAAACUUAGCAGGUCAGGCAGGCCCCAUCUAUGGAAAGAGGAAAGUUAAUGUUUAAUACCAGGACCUUUCAUCAGAACUGAGAACGAGCUUUCAUUUUGACAGUUUGGCUCCUCCAUCUUUCACUCCUUGUGCCGGAUCUCAAAGUUCUUAGAGUACUGAUGACCAAUGAAUGAUCUAAAAUGUUAAAGUUUUCUUUUUCUAAAGAUGCUAAAUAAGUAUUUCCAGCUGUUUGUUUUAGAUUCAGAUUUCAUGCAUCCACAGUAUUUUGCUUUUGCCUUGCUGUCUCUUCUUGUCUUCACGUGAAAUUCAUCUCUGACAGCCUAGCCUUUCCCUUGCUCUUACCUAAUAGCUUCAUUGCAUGCCUAACUUUACCUCACUCUUUGAAUGUCUGUUUUCUUGAUGUUCACUCUUUACAACUGCACAGAGGUGAACCUUUUCUGCAAAAUUUUUGGCCCCUGGGAUCUGACUGUUAACAUGGUGAUUGUCAUUAUGCACUCUAUAAUAUUAAAUAUGAAGUUACUAAUAUUGAAACAUUUUACAAUACUCUAAAAGGUCUGGUUUAACACAAAAGAAACCUCACACAUUUCCAGAGGUUUAAGACUGUGCAAGGUGAUUAAAAGUGGAACAAUAUUCUCACUGAGAUCGCAAGUACAAAAGAGAUUGUUUUCUUCUAUUAUGCAUUACCCUGGAAAUGCACCAAGUAAGCUCUUGCAAUUGCAUCAGGUGAUUGACCAAGAACCUUUACAGACCUAUGUUGAAGAACUCUUCAGGUUCAAGAUCCAGAGAAGUGUUGAAAGUUUCUCAAGUUGGAUAGCUUCAAACAAGUGGGGUUUUUUAAUUGAUGGAAUAUCUAUUACUGAGUGGGUUGUGAUUGUGUGGAUUUUUCCAGCCUAGAGCAGUGUAAAUUCUCAGUCACUGAGUUAAUUCAACAUCAUGGUUGAAUGAUUUAGGAACAUUACAGUAAUCAAGAGAAGAGAUGAUCAGGCAAGAAAGUGGACAAAGUAGGUCAGCCACGAGACCAAAUAUUUGUAAGUCACAAAUAUGGCUCUGUACUUAGUAGUUGAACAUGGCCUAAUGUUCUUAAUGUGAUGUGUCCUUAGUAUAAUCUGCAUUCCCAAGAACCUUUCCCUCAAAAACCAACUUGUCUAUAUCUUUUAAGUAAUAUAAAAAUAUUUACUACUGGCAUCAGUAACUUUAGCUGGUCAAACAUGCUAAGUAAAGGUGCAACAUACUCAGGUAACAUCUCUAUCAUACUUUGUAUCUGCCCUUGUGUCUUGCUUCAGUGGUCCAAAGCAAUUUUUCAUACUCACCUGAUUCUUAAUAAAAACUAAAUAUUUAUUGCUUUAUUAAAUCCAGUUCUGAUUCUCUUUGCUGUUAACCUUUGGAUCAAUCUUAGUGAAGGUUUUCUUAAUUUACCUUUGGCCAUUUUCCAUUUGAAACUUAAAAUGUCUUUAAUUGGUCAGAGAUAAAGAUUAGCUUUGUUUGUCACAUGUACAUUGAAACACUGAAACAUACAGGGAAAUGAAUUGUUUGCAUCAACAACCAACAUAGAUAGCAUGGUCACAAAUUACAAACCCUAAUCCAAACAUCCUUGGAAUGUGAGAGUGAACCAGAGUGCCCAGAGGAAAUCCACUCAGUCACAUAGAGAACGUAUAAACUCCUUACAGACAGCAGCAGGAAUUGAACACUAAAAGCCAGCGCUGUAAAAUGUUAUGCUGACUCUACACUGACAUGCAGCUUAAUGAAUGUCUGUGAAGUUACCUGUUGAAUUACAUUGUUUCUAUUAUAUAACAUAAAUACAAUGUAUUUAUUUUCUGUAAAACAAACUAUUUUCCUAAGUGUAUUGUGUACUACCUGUAGUACAUAAGGAAGAGCUAAAAAUAACCAUUUGAUUUCAGAGAGAUAAAGAUCAGGUGCCUAAAAACAUAUUACUAUUGGUUAAUUUGUUGGAAUUUAAGCUUCCAUAAGUAUGACGAAAGGUAAACGUAGUUUGAAGGUAAUUAAGCCUAUAUUAUAUAUAAGCAGUUGAAUUGUCAAUAAUUUCUUUUAAUGCUACCUAGCACAAGCAGUUGUUCUCCAAAUAAAGGCAAAUAGAUCACUACCCCAGUAAAUAUUUUCUUGUGUAUUACUUAAGAAUUUAUUUACAAUAGUUUAAUUUCAAAAUAUGCUUGCAGGUUAUUUAUUAUAAAUGUGGAUGUUACAAUUUGUUUACAUUGAUACUAUAUAUAUGCCAGGUAUAGAAAAAUUAUGUAGGAUUGCAUUGCUAUUGGAGCUUUCUCAUCUGGAUGUUUAAUUAUUUUCUCCAAAUAAAACUAAUUUUAUUUGGCUGGCCUCAUUUCCCGAGGGCUCUGGCUUCCCAACGUCUCAUUAAGGGGUGGGAGUAUGUUGGGCUGAAAAGCUGGCCCAACAGCCAAGAAUUAUUGCUCUCUUGGAGUGGGGUGAAAGAAGCGUCGAAUUUCCUUGGUCUUGACGCGUUUCUCUUUAACACCUGCCUGCUUUUAACGCCGCGGUGAAGUUCACCCAAUGCUGCCAGAAAAGGAAUUUGAGACCAAUAUUGUCGGUGUUUAGAUCCUUUGGCCUCCAGCUACACCAUGGCUUUGAAAGACACAGAUGGGGCUGAGGAGUGUAAGGAGAUGAACAAAAUUGAAGCCUCUGGAUUGAAGUUGAGUAAUACAGAUAGCACGAAGACCCACAUUAGUCCACCUGGUGCUAAAAGCGGAUUUGGAGAUGAAAAAGAUCUCCCAUCAACCACUGUUACCACAAGUAUACCUCAGACCUUAACAGAGAAUCAAAUGUCAGUUCCCAAAAGCAAUAAUUUAAACUUGUCUAAACAUCUGUCCAGGGACAGUUCUAUAAAAGCCUUAAGUGGAACCCAGCAGACUGUGUUAAUGCAAACUGGUGCUCCUACUGCUUCGAAUGCAAAACUUACCUUGCCGACAGGAACUGCUGUGAGGGAUGUACUUCCACAGCCCUCUUCAACUAAAUCUUCCAACGCAAAGCAGUCUGAUGUUUCCUUGGGUAUUUCUCAGUCUCUGUGCCAGCCAGUUGCAGAUUCCAGCUCAUUGUCUCACUUUGUUCCGUCUGUUCAGGUUCCAACAUCAUCUGAUAAUUCAGAUAAAGCUCAGCCGGUAGCCCCAGUCCUCUUGCUGGUCCCCAAUUUAGUGCCUUUUCAGGGUCAAAUUAAGACACAGCCUAAAAUGACGAGUCCUUUGCCAAUAGUGGACCACAAAUCUACAGUCCAAUCAAAUGGUGCUUCUACAAGCCAGAUGUCAUAUUGUAAAGAAAGUGAAAAAACGAAUGAUAACAGAAGAGAUAUAAUGGGGAAAAGAAUGUUAAGUUCUUCUGAUAUUCGUAUGGCUGAAUCAGAAACUUUAAAUGACGUUGGCUUAAAUUGGGACCCUGAAAAAGAAUUCAUGCAGUUCCUGCUUACAAAGGAAAAGGAUGAACAGAUAGUUCAAGUUGAUGGAAAUUCCCAUAUCCAAUCAAAUCUGAACUACGGAAGAAAAAGGAAACGGAAAAUGGACAUUGUUCACAUGGUGGAUUUCUCUGAAGUGGAAAGUCCAAACAUGCACCUUAUACCUAAAAAGACUGCAGUUAAUCUGGAAGGGAUGAGACAUGGUGAAGCAAAAGUUUCAGUUGUAAAACCAAAAUACUUGCCUGCCAAAAGAAAUCUUGUUGGUGAGACAGGAUCAAACCUUCCCAAAGAAACUGUGGAAGCAAUUAAACAGUUAAUCUUCAGUGAUUAUAAAUUUCCUGUCAAAAACCUAGAAGCAGCAAGAACAAAUGUUGCUGCAACUGCACGAGUAGAAGAAACUUUACCUUUUGGUUCAACAGUUUUUCCUCCAGGUAGCGCUGUAAUGAUAGAUGAUCUACGCACCGGGUCAGAGUCGCAUUCAGAUGAAGACACUGAGACAGAACCAUCAUUUUACCCCUGCACUAAAUGUAAUGUCAAUUUCAGGGAAAAAAAGCAUUUGCAGAGACACAUGAUUUAUCAUUUAGAAGGACACAGUAAAACAAAUCUGCCAAGACCUUAUAUAUGUAAAGAAUGUGGAAUUGCGUUUCGUGACCGUGCACCUCUCCAAAAGCAUAGGAGUCUUCAUCAAGAAAAAAGGGAGCGGUUGAUGGAGGAGAUUCGUGAGCUCCGUACCUUUCAGGAUGAAGGCCGGAAUGCAAAAUUACAGUGUCCGCAAUGUGUAUUUGGAACAAACUGCCCUAAAACUUUUGUGCAGCAUGCUAAAACACAUGAGAAGGACAAAAGAUACUACUGCUGUGAUAAAUGCAACUUCAUGGCAGCAUCAAUGGAUGAACUCGAAGGGCAUCAAAUUUAUAUUCAUGACGCAGUUAACAAGUCAUUUCAAAAACCUUUGAAAGGUGUAUCGUUAGAAAAUUUAUUAACUCAUUGUAAAUCAGGAGGCAUUUAUGUAUGUAGGAAAUGCCCUUUCACCACACCAGUUAGGAGUAUCUUUAAAAAGCAUGUUAAAUACUUGCAUCAGCGUCUUUACCAUGUUCAACAUAAAAAUGAACAUGGAAUAAAAAUGCCUAGCUUGAGCUCAAAACCACUUAAUUUGGUGAGUGACAAUAAGACUGUAUCACACGAAUCUGAAUAUCUGAACAAAUUUGUUGUAAAGGGAGGUAUAAAAAGGGGGUUUGUUGCGCAUGAUGCACUAGGGAAUUCCUCAGGACUGUACAGCAAGGUCACUGAUAAUGCUAUUACUCAGAAGCCAAGCUACACAGCCACAAAAUAUAUACACCACUCAUCUGAUUCUGUGAUAGAUUAUAGUAAAUCUUCAACAAAGAUUCUGACAGGAUUAAACUCUAGUAACCAAAGGGUUAGCUUCCUACAUCAAGACCAUGUUCGAAAGCAGGGUGAUAAUGAUGUCAGAGGGAACAAUGUAAUCCUACUGUCGAAGGAUCAUGUUGUUAGUUAUCAGCAUUUAGGGAAAUCUGAUUAUGAUGUAGAGAUAGUAAAAGAUUUUCCUCCUUCAUCUCCAUUAAUGGAAACAAAUCAUAGUGAUACACGAUUGACUUUGAACUUCCAUCAGUCUGAUGCUGAAGAGAUGUCAGGAGAAACAGAAUGUGCAGAUGCAGGUGCUGUAUCAGUUAGAAAAUCUGUUAAGGAUGUCAUGGUUAGUGUGUCGGUUGGCAAUAAUAUUUUGGAUCAAUAUCCAGAUGUAUUUCACAAAGCACCUGUUGUUGUUUUGAAUAAACUUGAUCCAUGUGAAAAUUCAUUAGAAUGUGAUGGUGAAGAAAACUCACCUGGAAGCGAGAUUGUGGAAACUGCUAACUGUAUGAGUGAUGCUACUGCAGUGACUGUUAGUGAGAAUAAUUUUGAUGUUGGUGAUAAAGAAACUCAGUACUUCAGUACUGAAGUGCAGUUAGUUGAUGAAAAUGGCAUUGAUGAUGAUGAUUUUGAUACUUAUGAUGAGAGUGAAGAAGAUGAUGAUUUUGUUAAUUUUGAUAAUGACAUUCAUGAUUAUGGCAACAGUGACUAUGGUAACCAAAGCCUUUACUCAGCGGAAUAUCAAGAUGUUAGUCACAAUCAUUUUAUUAAUGAAGAUUUUCAUAUCAAUAAUGAUGCUAAAUGUAUAGAAGUUAGGGAUCCAGUUCUUUAUCAACAUGAUGCUCCACUUAAUAUAACCUAUAAUUGGACUGAUUUUCACACUGAGAAGCGACCAUGUCCAUACUGUCCAGCUGUAUUUGACACAGGUGUUGGCUUGUCAAAUCAUGUUCGAGGACAUCUUUAUAGAGUUGGCUUAACUUAUGAUGCUCGUCAUUUGGUUCCACCAGAGCAAAUAGCAUCCAGUGAUAAGAGGCGGCGGAUCAAAAAAAGUGAUGCUCCUGUUAGGAGAAUAAAGAAAGAAGUGAAAUCUGGAUCAUCAACUGAGAAUACAUGUCCUCUGUGUGGGGGCUGGUUUGACACAAAGGUUGGCCUGUCAAAUCAUGUCCGUGGUCACUUGAAGAGGUUGGGGAAAACAGAACUGGAAGCACACAAAUCCCCACUCUGCAUUUUGACUGAAAUGAUGCAAAAUGAAGCAGAAGCUGAAAAUAUUGCAAAGUUGUUGAGUAGCAAACAAUUUAGAUAUAAGCCCUUUGUUUCACAGAAAUUUGCAACAAGUGAUGGCCUAUUUCUUGCUCCAAAUGGUAUAACUAUAAAACUGCAGCAAAAUGAGAUGAAGACAAAAUCCUUCCCCUUACCACAAUUAGACCUCAAUGAUGACCUCCCCGACCUGCAGCCAGGAAAAUACAGUGAGACACAUGAACCGUCAAGUUCUCUGAUGCAAAUUCUGAAGACUAAAUUUGGAGAGGAAACACGAUUACCAAUAAAAUCCCAGCCAGGAAGAAGUCAUGUUCAAACUGCAAAGAAGCGACUGCCUAAUCACAGACGCCCCUUUCUUCCACAGUUUGGCAGUUCAGUUUUGCAGCCUAGUGUAUCAUCACAACCAGUAACAAGUGCAGAUAUGACUUACCAAACAGGACAUCCUGUGAAGUUAAGAACUUGUGUUCAUUGUCAUGCAACCUUUACAAGUGCAGUUAGCCUGGCAAAUCAUCUCAGAGUCUAUGCAAGAAGAAAGCAAGCUGGGGAUCUGACUGGCACUCCUUUUGACUGCAAGCAAAAGAGGUCACGAUCACGGUCUGGGACCAAAAAGAAGUCUUCCCUAUUUGUUCCAUCUCUUGACGAUGCUUAUGUACUCAAGUGCAGGUUCUGUGAUCUGGUCUUCCGAGGUCCACUUUCUGUCCAAGAAGAUUGGAUCAAGCACUUGCAGCGGCAUGUUGUUAAUGCAAAUCUUCCUCGCACUGGUGCUGGAAUGGUAGAAAUUUCACUGCCAUCAAAAGAAAAUUUCCCAGUAACUGAAUCAUCGUUUUCUUUAUUAAUGGCACAGACAGCUUCCUAAAAUUAUCUGAUAGUGAUGAAUUAAUCUGCUGUAAAUUUGAUCUGGUGUUUUUCUAUUAGCACCUAGUAAAAGUGCAUUCUAUUACCCAUUAGAAAGCUUAAUAGAUCAUUGCAACGAUGUAAGCUAUUUAUAACCUUAAAAUGAUUUGAAAAUGCUUGAUUUUGUUAAAAGCUCAAAUAAUUAUACAUAUAUUGAAAAACAUAAUUCAAUAAUUAGAUCACCAGCCAAUCAGCAUGAAGAAUCCUGUUUCUAGAUUUGCCGCAAUUUGGACAAAGCUGUAGAUACAAUGAAGAAGAUAGUUUACAAUAGCUAGUGCUAGAUAUUAGCAUAAGCAGCAAGUCAGAUGUUUCCCUAAUCAUUUCGGAAAGAUAGUCCUUUUGCCUGAGGAACCUUAUGGCAGCAGGAAAUGAAGCAUUCAAUUUCACUGACACAUUUACGAACACUGUUCUAACUUCCAAUUUAGUAAGGAAGCGACAUUCCUGUUUAGCAUUGCAUGUAACAACUGUGGAUGGUUAUCUUUGGUUGCAGCAGAAGUGUUUAAUUUUAAACAAAAACUUAAAAAUAGCCCCCCCCCCCCCCGACACAUACACACAAAUUUGCAGAGGUUCUUGUUUACUUGCAAUUUCAUGAAAUGUGUUUUUUUACAUCAGUACUAUACCUUUAAAGUAUGAGACAUAAACUGUAAUACUUGUUUUGUUUUUAAUUCCAUCCUUGCCUCCCCCUCCCCCCCCCCCAUUGCAAAAUGCUUGGAGAUAUACUUACUAUUCCAGCCAGGAGAGCAGAAUGUCCUAAGUCCUUGCAGAGUCACUAUCUGUGCUGUCCUUUGUCUGGAGGUAUGAUUCGAGUGAGGAGAGAAUGGUUCUUUUCAUUCAAACUGCCACCUGUCAGAGUGUUGGGAAUAAUAAAAGCUUUCCGAGCAUGUGUGUGACAGUGAUCAGCCACUUUAGUAUUCGUACUUUUAACUUAACGAUGAUGAGCACUCUCGAGUACAGUUCCCAGGCCACAUUACAAAGUAUGGCGAUAUUAACACUAGUAAUAUGUAAAGCAUAGUACGUACAAUAUUUUUUCCCAUUCAAAAACUCAGAAUGCAGCAAAACUUAAAAAAUACACUUCAAGUAUGAUUCAAUUUUUGUUUUUUCCCACCAAGCAUUUUUCUACUGGACUAAAAUCUCAGUAUAUUUUUUUUUAUGUAGCAAUCUUAUUUGAAUACUUUGUUCUCAAUUCCUGAUUUUAUUUUCAUCAGUUUUGUUGAAAUUGAAAUCUAGAUGGCUGCUCGCUAUUAUGCAAUUGCUUGUACUUUUAGGUCUAUACUAAUACAUCUAACAUUAAGUCAGUAGGAGAUUUUCUAGUAGCCAGAUCUAUUUUGAAUAUGGCAGUAUGUAGAUAAUAGUUCCCCAAGUCUAGUGAUUACUGUAUUGCUGUACAUUUUAGCAUAUUGUUUUAGAAUUGUCAUGUUCUUAGAAAGGGGCAUUUAAAUAUUUUUUUUCCCUGACAAAGGUCAGUAUUCACCUUCCUAAGGAUAACUCAACAAAAUGUAUGUACUUGUCUUUUACUAGGUUUAGCAUGUACAUAAAUACCAGGUGCAUUGCUAUGGAGAUGGAUAUUAUUGGAUUUUAUAUUUGUAUUUUCUAAAAUAGGCUGAAAUAGUAUUUAACCAGUUGACUUAUUUGGAGUAGGUUUACAGGUACUGAUUCAAUGUAGCUUUUAAUUUGCUGAAACUAAAAGUAACUCCUGCCUAACUUUUUUUGAGCUCCCUGUAUUUCAUAAUUGGAUAUUGUAAAAGUAUAUUUUUUCUGUACAAUUUUAUCUUAAUUGUAAAGGAAAGCAUGUUCUUUACAACUCUGAACUCACCUAAGAGAUAAGAGUUUCUUGAAAAUUCACUGUAUCUUUUAGGCAUUUUUAUGCCUGAUUACUGUGUAUCCAACAAGAACACUGGUAUAUGAUAUUAAGUGCUCAGAUGUGAUUGUGCACGCUCAUAUUUGUAAGUAAACUGUGUAAACACUAUGUGAAAUGUGCUAUUACUACAAGUCUACUUAUCUAGUGGCAGAAAUAAAAUGUACAGUCAUAUAAUUAACGCAGGUUUGAUGUUUGUGUCCUUAUUAUCCCACAAUUAAUUUAUUCAGCCAGAUGAUAUUAAUAAAUGUGUAUCAAUUGAUACAGAAUAUUUGCAAUAAUGGCUGUUAACAUUGCUGAACCUCAAUUUACACCAGGAAUAUGAAUUAUGUGACUGUGCUCAUCUUCUGAUUAUGUAUUAGUUCGUGUUUGUUUUUAAUUUUACAAUUCUGCUGAUUUUCAUUGAUCUCUGCCAGUUAGUGGACUCUGAGCUGCAGUGUGUUCCACUGAAACUUAAUAGAAAUGAAACAGAUGUAUUGCUAAUAAAUACUUUCAAAUUUUAUGUGCUUCUUUUUACCUGACUGUGAGGAUAAACUUUGCCAUGAUUUGGAGAAAAGAUUUGUUUUCUUCCAUCUACCAGCUAAGCUAAGCAUGCAGUUCAAUUGUGAAGUCUGUUUAUCAGCAGUUACCUUUAACCCUGUAAAUGGAAGCAAGUCUGCGAUUAAAUACCAAAUCUGUCAUUUUGCUCUGCUGCUGCACUGAUCAUGGAAUCACUGGGCACCUGUCCAUAUUGCUAAGAUUCCAUAGCUAUUAUGCCUCUUUGUUUCUUAAGAUAGUAGUUCUUAAGAUAAACGUUGAAGGAAGUUACAAAACAGCUAAUUUUACAGAAGUGUAAGCUUUUAAUGUUUUUGAUUGUGCUUUAGCUAAGUGUAUUUUUAAAUUGAUACAUUUAAUUGUUUAUAUUUUAA